UAAAUUACGGAUUAGAAAGUGUUGAUUCGUUUUCAUUCGUUCUCUCUUUAUUUGUAGAUCUUCAUAUUUUUAUUUUCACUGACUAUUGCUACAAAUAAAAUUUCUAUAUUUAUUAAAAUUAUACAUUAGCAAAUUGCUAUCAAAUGUAUAUAAUGAAUACAUUACGAUUUAUUUGUCUGCGAAAUAUUCAUCAAGUUCGUCACUUUCAUAAAUGUAUUAUUCAGCAGACAGAAGCAGUUGCUGCAAUGAGCACACCUUCUUUGUUGGAAUCUGUUGCUACACAAAAUGAACUACCAGUUAAUUCUAAAAUAGAACAAAUUGCUAAUCAAAUUGUUUCUUUAAAUCUUAUAGAAGUAGCACAAUUAAGUGAAUUACUUAAAAAGAGAUUAAAUUUGCCAGAUGCAAUGCCUAUGAGUAAUUUUAUUGCUGCUCCAGUAAAAACAGAAGAGGAAGUUGAAGAGCCUGCAACAGUACAAACUGCAUUUACUGUUAAGCUAAAAAGCUUUGAUGAAAAACAAAAAAUUGCUUUAAUAAAAGAGUUAAAAACCAUAUUACCAAAUUGUAAUCUUGUACAGGCUAAAAAAUUUGUAGAAAGUACACCAAAUAUUAUUAAAAGUGAUCUUUCAAAACAAGAUGCUGAUCAAUUAGCAGAUGCUGUCAGGAAAGUUGGUGGUAUAGUUGAAAUUAUUUAAUUUUUUAAUUUUUUUUAUGUACAUAUAUAUAUAUUCGAAAAAUUAUAUUAUUAAUCUAACAUAAUUCUGUAAUUAUCUUUACAAGAAUAAAUUGUAAU